CGCGUUCAACCACAAACCAACCCGCAAAGCUUAUUGCAAUGUGUAAUGAAAUGAAACCAAAACGGGCUCAGAGCCAAGGAUAGCAGCGGCCCAAAACCACCUCCAGCCCGGCAAAGUCUAUUCGCCAACCCCGCGCGCCCUUGGAGAAGCAACAGCUCCAGAGCCAGCGGGAAUCCGCAUUGCCACUAGCUUCACCAUCACCAACAGCCAGCAUCGACACCAGCAUCACCGUCAGCAGCAUGGAUUUCGCGCCCGAGGCCUACAACGAGGCCGAGUCCUCCUCGUGGCUCAUCUGCCAUACCUGCGGCACGCAGUUUCCAACCGCGGACCGCGCCGUCGUCAAGACGUGCCAUGUCUGUGACGAUCCUCGCCAAUAUGUCCCCCCCUCGGGCCAAUCCUUCACGACCAUGGCCGAGCUCCGUGAUUCGAAUCAUCACAAUGACUUCAAGCCCUAUGAGCACGACGAGCGCAUCAUUUCAAUCCACACGUGCCCAAAGUUCGCCAUCGGCCAGCGCGCCAUGUUGAUUCGCACACCCGAGGGGAAUGUUCUAUGGGACUGCGUCUCGUACAUAGACGCCGAGACGAUAGACAAGGUGAACAAGCUGGGAGGCAUUAAAGCCAUCGUCGUCAGCCAUCCUCAUUUCUAUAGCUCGCACAUUCAAUGGGCGAGAGCGUUUCAGUGCCCAGUGUAUAUUUCAUCUGAAGACUUGCGCUGGACAACCACGCCGUCAGCACAUCGCAGGGCUCUCACGGAAACGGAGACAGAAAUCAUACCUGGCGUCAAGGCCAUUAAGCUGGGCGGACAUUUCCCGGGCUCCUCAGUGCUGCUGUUUGAUGGACGGCUGUUCAUUGCAGAUACGCUCAUGACAACUGCGGCAGGCUUAGGAAAGUGGGAUAUAGACGCCUUGGGAGCCAAACGAGAGAAGCCUCCUGGGUUGACUUCGUUUUCGUUCUUGUGGAGCAUCCCGAAUUACAUCCCGCUGAGUGCAGAUGUGAUACACAAGAUGUGGGUGAUUCUCAAGAACUACAACUUUAGAGCAACACAUAGCAUUUUUGAGGGCAUCGACAUUGAGGAUGAAGCGGUGAAAGCGAAAGUGCUGGAGAGCAUGAAGUUCCAGACUAGGGCAAUGGGCUACACGGCGCAUCCACUUUUGAAUGAGACGCUGUGAUAUGAUGGGCAUUACUUGGCCAAAUGUAACACACGUAUGCAUUGUAACACUAGCAUCAGAGAUAUCAUUCAUCACCUGAUUAGAGACACG